CCGUCGCCUUGUUGUCGUUUAUAUGAUGUGAUGUUGAUGUUUUUUGGCUCAGUUAGAGAGGGUUUCGUUUAAUGGCAGAUUGGCGCAGACAGCGUUUGAUUUCUCUCUUUAUCUCGGCGCAGUUUAUCUUUGAAACAGCUGGUUAAAAGAUGUCUGAAAGCUCCAGCGACACAGAAUCAUCAUGUGGAUGGACUGUUAUCAGUAAUGAGGGUUCAGAUAUAGAGACGCUGGGUCCUGAUAAUGUUGGUGAAUGUGAGGAGGGAGAGGUCAUGCGUGAUGCAGACACACCUGUCGCCGAACGGGGCGAGGAGAGUCUGGGAGAGUCUUCUCUGGACCUCACGUUGAGAGAGGAGGAGGCGACGACUGUGGAGGCGGAGCAUGUCCAUGAGGUGGAAGCAGAAGCGGGUGGAGACGAUCACGUGACGCUUUGCUCCUCCAGUGAGAACUCUGACAUCAUAACCCUGGCAGACGCACGGGAGGCAGAGAUCGCAGUGUGGGAGGAGCCUGUUGCUAAGGAGGAGGAGGAGGAAACGGGAUGUGAGGAGCUGUAUCUUGGAACGUCGUCGAGCAGCCAGUAUACGUUUCGAGAGACUGAAACAAUUUUCCCUGUGGAUCAGGCCGUGCAGCGAGACGUCAGCAACAGCAGCAGUGAGGAUGAGGAGGAUGAGACGAAGAGCAGUCCUGUGAUGAGAAGACGCAGAGUCAGGAGGAGCACAACAGGCUCAGAGUCUGGAGACCCGCAGGAGACUCACAGGAGACGAGAUGAGGAGAUUCAGGUGCAGGUGGACCAGCGUUCGGCCGCUCGCGGUCAGAUCAGCGGCAUGCUGAACAAAUGUAUUCUUUUAGCGCUGCUCAUCGCCAUCAGCAUGGGCUUCGGACACUUUUGCGGCACGAUUGAGAUUCAGGAACGGAAGAUGACUGUGGAGAAGAUUCGUUCGAGUGAGAUGGACGUUGUCAAUAAGGAGGUGGUUGAGGAUCUAAGAGAAGACCUGGAGGAGAAGCAGGACAUGGUGCUGAGUCUCACAAACACGAUGGCAAAAAUCAGUAUAGAAAACCAACAUCUUCGAGCCAAACAAGAAGAGCUACAGGCCCAGCGACAGGAUCUGUAUGAGAAACUGUCACAAGCCAAGCGUGAGAUGGAAUCCCGACAGAAAGACCUGACAGCAGAAAACCAGAAGCUGAAAAUCCGUCUGGAGCGAGAGGAGGCGUCAUUCUCGGCCCUGCAGGAGGAACUGAGGGACCUGCGCACACAGGUGAGCGAACUGGAGGAGAGAGGAGAGGGAACAGACUCCAUCCUGACAGAAAACCAAAGGCUAAAGGGUCACCUGCAGGAGGAGAGACAGAAGCUGAAGAGCUUCAUGAACCAGAGAGAGGCGCUGACGGCUGAAGCUCAGAUGCUGCGGAAAGAACUCGACGAAGAACGAAAGGUAACGGACAAACUGAAAGAGGAACUUGAGGAAUUAAAUCAGAACGAUGACGUCGACGAGAGCCAGACGGAUGCGGAGACAGAAAAACUGCAGACUCGACUCUUGGAGCUGGAGAACAAGCUGAAGUUCGAGCAGCAGCGCUCGGAUCUGUGGGAGAGACUUUACGUUGAGUCAAAGGAGGACAGACCUAAAGGUGACAGAGAUGUGAAGAAAAUCCCGAAGGAAGGGGUGAUGGGAAAGGUGAAGGAAACCUUCGACGCCGUCAAGAAUUCCACCAAAGAACAGAUCAAGAAAGCCAAAGAGGCGGUGAAGGAAAAUCUCAGGAAGUUUUCCGACUCUGUGACGUCUACGUUCAGACAGUUUAAAGACUCCGCCUCCAGCGUGUUUAAGCAGAAGAAGAGGUUUCAAGAGAGAAGAGACGCCAAACCCCAAAGUCAAACCUUUCAGCAAGAGCAGGGCAACAAACGUGCAGAAGACAUCCACUCGCAACCUCCGAAACCUUUGCACCGACACCCUCGCAAAUCCACCGACGACACGUUUCACACCGACCGCAACACACGCAAACCCGGCGCUCAGAAAGCUCCGCCCAAAGGCUGUUCGGGGGUAUUGGAUUGUGCUUAUCAGGAGUCUAUGAGUCUGUUUAAUAAGGCGAUGGAUCCCAUCCGAGCGGAUGAGUUUAAUGAACUCCUAAGGAGUUACCUGCAGAAAGAGGUGAGCCAUUUCCAUCACUGGAGAGAACUGGAGAGCUUCAUCAAGAAUUUCUUCCACGACGGAGUCUUCAUUCACGACCGGAUGCUGUUCACAGACUUUGUCAGCGGAGUUGAGGAUUAUCUUGAGGAAAUGGACGAAUAUCACGACGACGACGUGUUUGAAGAUCUGGACGAUUAUAUCUACAGGCACAUUUUUGGAGAUACUUAUUUAAAAUACUUUGGACCGAGUCGACCCUUAGAAAGGCCGGGGUCAAAGGGCAAGGCAUGGCGUCACUGCCAACGGCAACAGAGGAAGCAGACGCGACCUCGUCCACAGAGAGCAAAGAGAUGGAUGCAGUCGGGUCGUGAUUCCAGUCGACAGUUUGUAGAUGUUAAAAUAGAGCUGGGGCCAUUACCCUUCGACCCCAAAUAUUAGAGAACCCAUCACGCUAUUUCUUAAUGAUGCUACACGUUUGGGCUAAUUGUCUUAGAGAAGCUACUUUAGGCUCACUUUUCUCAGAUUUUGGUGCACAAUGUAAACGUUCUGGCGCUGGAUGAAUGAUGUUUUUGUGCAUGUGCUUCUUUUUCUGUUUUUGAGUUUGAGCAUCCAAACUGCACUUUAGAUUGAAUUCUUGUUUUAGGCAUUCAGAGCAUUCAGACUAAGUUAUGAUGAAAAAGUGGGACAAACUACUUUUACAUUUUGAUCAUAAACCAAAAACCAGUUGAAAUUUUAAUGGAUAAUAAACAUAAGUUAUACCAUUUUUAUAGGACCAAAUAACAAGUUCAAUUGUAUUGAAAUGAUUUUAAAAUGAUAAAUUCUAUUGAAUUAAUCUCACAGGAUUUGGGAUUAUUAUGACAUAUAAAAACAUGCAAUGUAAUUGCAAAAACAUGUUAAAAAUGCUGUUUGUUGAAGAGAUAACAGGGCUUUUGAGUGGUCUGUUCUAUUGGCUGCUACUGUAUGUGUUUUAUUUGGAAAUGCACAUUAGAAGAGAAAAUACAGUUUGUUUAAAAUGUU